CUAAAACAAAUUAUACACUUUACACAGAGAAAAAUAAUUUGAUUGCCAAAUCAUUUUAGCUAUGAGGAAAAAUAAAUAUUGGUCAUAUUUAAUUGAUCUUUUCAAAAAAGAUACUGAAACUGAAGAUGAUCAAGAAGUACUACGUACACUCACAUGUCGUCAAAGAUUAUUGAGAAAGAUUUAUCCAUUAGGAUUUUUAUAUGAAUUAAAAAAUGUACUUCGUUUAGCAGUACCUAUUACUAUUUCAUCAAUGUUAACUUAUGCGAUUUCACCUGUUAGCAUGGCAUUCUGUGGUCAUUUAGGAAAAAUUCAAUUAGCCACAAUGGGUUUAGCUAUGUCAGUUUUUAGUGUUUGUGGUAUGUUUGUUAUUCUAGGAUUACUUUCUGCAUGUGAUACAUUAUUUUCACAAACAUUUGGAAGUAAAAUGAAAGAUAAAAUGAUUGUACAACUAUACAGAGCUGUUAUCGUGAUUUUACUCUGUUGUAUACCAUCAUGUGCUUUGUAUUUGAAUGCGGAACCAUUAUUAUUAUUACUUGGACAAAAUCCUUUAAUAGCAAAGGGAACUGGUGAAUUAUUACUUUAUCUGAUACCAGCAUUACUUUUCGGUGCACUUGGACAACUGUUGAUCAAGUUUGUACAAACUCAAAAUCAUGUGUAUGCUCCAUUAGUGAUUAUGAUUUUUGUGAAUGGUAUCAAUGCAUUCAUGCAUUAUCUAUUGAUUUAUAUAUUGAAUAUGGAUGUCAGCGCUUCACCAAUAUCUCAAGCAACAGCAUAUUGUUUUGAAGUGAUAUGCUUUAUUGGUUACAUUAGAUUUAUGGGUCAUUCAAAAGAUUUCAAUUUUAAAAUUACAAAAGAAAUUUGGGAAGAAUGGAAUAUAUGGUUUCGUUUAGCUAUACCUGGUUUAAUUAUGGUCAGUCUUGAAUGGACAAUUUAUGAAAUUGGCGGCUUCAUUGCUGGAACGUUGGGAGCACGUGAACUUGCAGCACAAACUAUUAUUCUGUCUAUUGGAUCUAUUAGUUACACUAUGCUUCCACUCGGUAUUGGUAGUGCAACAGGUAUACGUGUAGGACAGUAUCUUGGUGCUCAAAUCGCGAGAGGCCCUUAUUCUGCAUUCAAUGUAGCAAUGACAUUGGUUGGCUGUUGGGCUUUACCGUAUUUGGGAAUUUUGAUUGCUACAAGAAGAUCUUUACCAAGAAUUUUUACAUCUGAUGAGGGCGUCAUUGAAUUGGUAGCAGAAUUAAUGCCAAUUAUAGCUUAUUUUCAAAUUAUCGAUGGUGCAAAUGGUAUAUGUAGCGGUGUUCUGAAAGGAUCUGGUUUACAAUCCGUUGGAGCAAUUGUAAACAUAUUUUGUUUAUAUAUGCUUGCUGCACCACUUGGUAUUAGUUUAGUUUAUGUAGCUAACCUUCGAUUGACAGGUAUUUGGGUCGGUCUGGUAAGCGCUGCAACAUUACAAGUGUCUACAUUAUGCGUCAUAUGUUUCCGUUUGAAUUGGACAACACAAAUCAAACUGGCUUUAGAAAGAAUAAAAGUCGACAGGGAUUCAUCUGAAAUAGUUAUGAAAAAUCUAAAUGAACAUGCUGUGAUUGAGAUUGUGAACAAUGAUGAUGACAAUAAUAUUUCACAAAACAAUUGUCAAUUACACAAUUCAAAUAAAACAAAUCAUAAAUCAUUGAACAAUUCAACAACACUUCAACAAAAACAAUUAUUUAAUAAAAAUAUGUUAAGAAAUAGAAUUUUACUUAUUGUAAUUUUAUUUUUAAUUUUAAUCAUAAGUAUUUUAUGUCGAUUAUGCAUAAAUCUACCAAAUUAUUUUGGUAUUUAUUGUGUUUAUAAUAAUGAUACAUUUACACGAAUUACAAAUUAUACAAAUAUUAACAAUUGUACAGUGGUUAUUCCGUGAUAAUAUUGGGAAAAUUUGUUUGUUUGUUUUUGUUCAUUAAAACAAACAUUAUUAUUCGGCUUUUCGAUUUUUAUUGGUUUUUUUCUUGUGAAUUUAUUCAAAAAUUAUUUAAUUUAAAACUAAAGUGAUUACCAUUUAAAGUAGAUGUAAAACAAUAUUUAUCAAUAAUGAAAUAUUUUGUAGAAGAAAAAUAAACAUAAAAAAAC